AUGAUGAAGUCCGAACCGCCUCCACCUACCCCCAAGAGUGAUUCCAGGGUUGUGACUGAAGAAUGGAUUGAGCAAUUGGUUGAUCAUUUUGAUGAGUCCAACAAUGCAACUUAUCAAAUGAGAUACUUGGCAAAUGAUGAAUUCUAUCAACCAGGUGGACCCAUAUUUAUCUAUGUUGGUGGAGACUGGACUAUUACCCCAGGAUGGAUUAUCGGUGGUCAUACAUAUGAUAUGGCAAGAGAAUUAAAUGGAUAUCUUUUCUCUACUGAGCAUCGAUAUUAUGGUGUAAGUCGACCAACUCCUGAUACUUCAUUCAAAAAUCUCCAGUAUCUCCAUGUAAGCCAAGCCCUUGCAGACCUAGCUCACUUCAUAAAGGUUAUGAAACAGGAAAUUCCUGGUGCUUCUAGUUCAGGAGUUAUUCUUGUUGGAGGCUUCUAUUCUGCCACAAUGGUAACAUGGUUCAGACAGUACUACCCAGAUUUAAUCAAUGGAGCUUGGUCUUCGAGUGCACCCUUAUUUGCAAAACCAGACUUUUACGAGUACUUUGAAACUGUCGGACAAUCAGUACGAACGGUUUCUGGUGAUUCAUGCUAUAAUCGUAUAGAAGGAGCAUUUAGUGAAGCCGAACGCAUGGUAGCAGUCGGAGAAUUUGAGGAAAUCUCUGAAAAAUUUAACUUAUGCCAAACUUUACGAGAUAAUGAACUUGAUAUUUGGUUGUUCUUCGGAAACCUUGCAGCGUUAUUGGCAAUUAUUGUUCAGUAUCACUGGCCCGGAGAUAUUGAGCUAGCCUGCGAAAUUAUCAUGAUGCACGAUAAUGAUAUCGAUGGUUUUGCUGAAUACACUAGAUGGAUUUUGGGAAAUCUUUGUUGGUUACCGGAAUUCGAAUUAGCCGCUGAUUUACUUCGUGAAACUUCAUGGGAAUCAGAAGCUGCUUAUGGCCAACGGCAAUGGCUAUAUCAGGAAUGCAAUGAGUUUGGCUGGUAUCAAAGUUCAGGAUCUGAAAAUCAGCCUUUUGGUUCGAGUUUUCCCGUUGAACUCCUUUACCAAAUGUGUACUCACGUUUUUGACGAAUCCUUCUACAAUGACUCCAUCAACUACAACAGCUACAUAACUAAUCUCAAUCGCAAUGGAUUGAAUCCAGUUAUUACAAAUGUAUAUUCAACUCAUGGUGAAUUGGAUCCGUGGAGAACUGCAGGAGUACAGGAGAAUGUUAAUUCAUUCGCUCCAGUUGCAGUUAUUCCAAUGGCAUCACACUGUGCAGAUUUGUACUCUAUCAGCGAUGCCGAUAGUCCCGAAAUGUUAGCGAGUAAAUUAAGAACAAUAUCUCUGGUAAAACAAUGGCUAAUGAUAUUUUAG